AUGUGGGCAACCACUGCUAUUCUUUUUGUUGUACCGGUCUUACAGAUUCUUCCGACGAAUACUGAAAACUCACGUUACUUCUUACAAGUUUUCAAAGAAAAUGCUUCAUUUUCAGGCUGUGGAGAUUGGAAAGAAUUUCCAUACAUCAAUAGCUCGAAAAUUCUAUGCUGGAAGGUAAGAUUCAAAAACUGCUCAGGUAGCAAUGGAAUGAAGCUUAUUCACACAUAUUAUUUGUUUUGAAAUGUAAUUGUUCAAAAGAAUUCAGUCAGACUAGAAAUUGAGGCCGGCAAGGAAAAUCUCAAACGCUGAGUGCUCUCUUCAGAUUCUGCAAUCGAAAAGUGAUUUGUCGCAGCAAUCUGCGGAGAAACUGUGCUCAGCCCACAACAGCUCGCUCGCCUACGUGGACUCCAGACAAGAAAGAUUCGCCGCCGCUGGUUCCAAAGCUCAAGCUCUUCACAACAGACGUCGUUUUGCAGAGUACCACGCCUCCUUGUGCAAGCCCAGAAGAGACCGCAAAUGCUCUCGGAUGUGUGCCAACGUUGAAUCUCAUUCUUAUUUUCUUUACGAGGCACGUCCUUUUUGUUAAACGUGGUUACAGGUAGUCCAUUCAGCGCAAGCCAGAGCUGUGCGGUCAGCCCGCUGGACUGGUCACGUACAGCUCUGCCGCUAGCAAACGGUUUUAUCUCGAAGUUCGUUGCUGGAAGGAGUACACUCGACAUCAUGGGCUAUGUCGCAGCUAGAGUAACGCUAUGCUGCGGGGAAUCGCGAGCAAUAUCGCUCACUUCUCGCUGCGACCACACACACGUCUUGCGCUAUGCUUAUCGCUGGCUUGAAUCAAAAAUAUUUUUUUCCAAAAUCUUUAUUGAACUACCCUUUCUAAGAAGAAAAAUUGAAAGUGCAGCGGAUGCCGUGGUGGAUUGAAGAGUUGUGGGAUGAGAAACAAGUGUCUUUUGAGCGCCCCCUGCAGUCCGGCGAUAUCGUCUUCGUUUCCAUCUAUUUAGAUGAAAAAGAGGCAACAUCCGUUUCCGUUUAGUUUUUCUGUCAGGACAAACUUCCAGACGAAACUCGAGUUCCGGCACUCUGAGGAAAGUCGCAUCGUGCCGUUGCGUAUGAUCUGCAAAAUUAAUGAAAUCAUUUUUCAAGCUGACGACGACAGUAGUCAAGUAUGUUUGUUUCACAGUUGACCAAUGAAGGUAAAUUUCCUUUUUUUGUUCAUCUCUAUUAUGUCAAAUACUACUCACAAGGUAAUUAGUUCUAUUCAAAGUUUGGAAACUCUCUCAUAAUACAGAAUUGAUGAAUUUACUAGGCGAAUUUUGUGAAAACCUCAACUUGGUCGAAAAGCUUUUUUUGGAUGUGGGGAGUCUGGAAUCUCCAAUUCUCUCAAGAAGAGCUGCCGAUGAGACAGCAGAGGUCUAUCGAGAGAAAGAUACAAGUAGCUGCCGGUAUCUAAGUUAACCUCAACCGGUGUUCUUUUAUUCAGCAUCAAUGUUUUGUUAACCGUGCCAAGAACUCAUUAGCUAACUCUGGAAAAAAAGACAGAAACACCGGACUACUAAAGGCAAGUAGCAGAUAUCAGGUACCAAUAGUAUCCAGAUAUCAUAGAGAUAGUACCCCGGUAGCUAAUAAACGACCCCCGAUUGGCUCGCGCCGGUUGAUUUCAAAAUAGCUACCCGGUGCCCCCUCAGCAGCUUUGCUCUCAAGUAUUCAGAAAGUUUACUCUUCGUGCCAUUUUCGAUGAAAAAUAUUCCGCUUCGUAUAGUCCGCUACUUGAAAUUUCACCGAACGACAUUCCGCUGUUCCGCUGCGUGAUUUCACGAAGCGUCAUUCGAAUCUUGGUCACGCUUUCAAUGGAUUGUUAUUGCUGUGGGAGCACAUGAGAGUAAAAGUACCGAAAAUUAAAAAGCACCGCCAAAGACGCGCAGCGACACAGCGGAAUGUCGUUCGUUGAAAUUCCAAGUCGUGGUGUAGUCAAUGUUUCCCGACUUGAAAGGCGAGGGAGGCGGGGCAAGGGGCAACACGCGUAGCGUGUGCGUUCGCGGUCCCUGGCACGUGUUCAGUUCAAUUGCCACCGACUAUUCAAAAAGCUCGGCAACCGCUCUUUUUCAAUGUUUUCUACUAUUUUUUGAUGCACACAUGAACAUAAUCAAUAAAUAAUUGAAAAAGGAAUGAAAAGAGCGAAAAACGGGCUUUUCAAAGAGUCGAUGGCGGUUGAAUUGAACAUAAUAACUGCCGAGAUAAACGCGAGACACUGGCGGUACAUUGACGAGCUCGCAAACAUCUCGCUUUUUUUCUCACGCCGGUCUCGCAUUUUUCUGGGCGCCAGCUCGCACUUUUCUAGGCGCGAGCUCGCAUUUCUCUCGCAAUUUGAAAAUUUCCGAAAUGCAAGAUAAAUGCGAGAUGGCGCCGAGAAAAAUGCGAGGUCGCGCCGAGAGAAAUGCGGGAUCGCGCCUAGAAAAAAGCGACAUUUUUGCGAGUUAGUCAAUGUACCGCCACCGAGCUCGCGUUUAUCUCGUCAGUUAUUCUUGUGCACGUGCCAAAGACCGCGAACGCACACGCUACGCGUCACGCCCCCUGCCCCGCCUCCCUCGCCUUUCAAGUCAGGGAACAUUGACUAUACACAGGCUAUAUGUAGUAAUAUGAAUAACGUUUUACCCAAUUUUGAGAGAGUCUAAUUUUUCGAGUAGAAAUCUUUUUUUCGAAAGAAGAAACUUAGAAGAAUUGAACUGUUUCUUAUUAUAUUCAUAUUAUUCGUAAAACUUUCUUUGAAAUUACUAUGCGAAAAAAAGCGUUCAUAUUUUUUUGAUUUUUUAUUUGUUCAUCAGAAUUUCGACUUGGGAGCCUACAAAUUCACCGCUAACAAUAACAAAGAUUUAACGGUAUUCAAGAUCGAGUGGGUGGAAAAGUUUUUUAAACUUGCACUAGACUGCAUUGCAGAUUAAAGGAGGACAGAUGGAACGUUUUCAUGGAAAUCGAAAAAAGUAAGCUGAAACCAAUCUACGACCGCAAAUGGCUCUCCUCGACAUCCGCCGCAGAUAUCCGCGAGUUCUCCGGCCCGUACAUCUACGACAUCCACGUCGUUCACGGGUUUUUGCAUAGGCAAAGUCGGAAGGACCCUCCGAGGGUCCAUAAAGGACCAUAGAAAUGUUCCUUUUAGGGUGAAGAAGGCUCUCUUUUUGCUGCCUUUUUGCUCCAUUUUCUCAGCCCCUAUGCACCAUUUUUGCUGCCUCUCCCUUUUUCCACCAUUUCUCGAGCCUUUAAAAUCCCAGAAAAAUGGAAGGCUCGAUAAAGGGAGUCUCUUUGCUGCCAUUCGCUGCCUUUUUGCUGCCUGUCUGCGGCCUUUUUUGAGCCUCUCCCUUUUAUCGGCCAUUAUCCACCAUUCCGACUUUGCCCGAGCACUUCAAAAAAAAAAAACGACCUUGAGAAGCCAAAGGAAGUUGAAAACUUUAGGCUUCCAUUCGACUUUUUGUUUUUUUUUAUCGCUUUCCCGACUUCAUGUCUUCAAGCUUCAUUUAAGUUGAUUCGUAACAAAAUUACAUUUUGUGUUUUGAGUAGCUGGUUCAUCUUCUAACGUUCCUACGAAAACUUUUUCCUUGCCGACUUUUUUUUUGAUUUAUCAGGGGUUGCAAUAUGUACGACAAAGCUUACGAUCCGACCGACAAAUCGACGAGCAGUGUAAGAACAAAAAACUGCGCGUGGGGCUCUGCUCCGGUCCGUCUGAGUUUCUUUGUGAUGAAUAUAUAAACUAGUUUUCAGCCGUUUCCCUGGAUUCCGAUCUACGACUGCGCUGCAAUUGUCAAGAAUGUUACCUACGCUCUUUGCGCUAGUAAUUUUUCGAUAAUUUAUUUUCCGUGUUAGACGCCUGGAGAGAACUAUUUCAAAAAGAAAUUGAGGAGCUCCUGGGAACGUUGAUCCGACUACAUACCCGCUCUACACGACCGCAAAGAGUCCCAGAAACACAACUGUGGAGGUGGAGAAGGAGGAAGAAAAGAAACAAGUAGAACAAAAUUUGGAGAGCCGUCAGUUUUUUUUUCGGUUAUUAAUCGAUUAGGUGCAAUUCAGGUUAUGAUUUGUUGCUUGUUUGCUAGAUAAUUUCAUUUCAAAACCUCGAGUUCCGAGUCUGAUUGUGCGAAGCGAUUUCAUUGCGUUUUCUUAUUUAUUUAUUUUUUCUUCUAUAUUUGUUAGAAGUCCGAGCUUCUAGUUUUUUCAUUAGCUCAACGGUCCUUCAGUAUUUACCCGAAGAUUUGAGUAGAUAAACUCUUUUUUAAUUUUAUAUUAUUUCGCUAUCUCUCCAAAUAUGAAUUCAGCCAUGCCGGAGCACAUUGAAUGGAUAAAUAUCUGUUUUGGUGUUUUUUCGGUCGUCGUCGCCCUUGUCAACGUCGCCAUCUACAUUCUCUUCUGA